AUUUCGAUGACAUGCAACAGACAAAUAACAGUCUGAAAUCAUUUCAGUAGUCCCUUAACUGUUCUGGUGAUUUGUAUUAUAGGCUGUAGUAUAGUAUAAAUUGCUUCUGUUCACGGGACGGGGCAUUUUAUUACAAUACGCAGGAGCAAACGCAUCGAGGGGAAAUCCAGUUUAAUUUUGAGACGUCAAAUCCAAGUUUUGAACGACUCCAUGCCAAGAUUUUCCAAAGACGCAUCUGCUGUUUCCAAGGUUUCCAAGGUACAGCGUUGAGGAGCUAUCGAUUUAGUUGCAGAGCAGAUAUUUAAGGCGUUUGGUGUAGGUAUAACCCAGAGGACGUCGGAGUGCCAGCGCGAUUGCUCGGGCGCAUCACUCCGUAUUCUGAGCCCAUUUACAGCCGUUCGUGAGCUCAGCUGCGUUUGCUCUUCGGGCUUUGUAAGAGGUCCUAUCAGAAAACCUAAUUGCCGUUUGAAAACAUAUCUCGGAAAUCGGUGAGAACCGAAUAGGCACCCACCAACUCAAUCAACGCAUUAUCCCACGGAUAUUCGUCUAUAAAAAAGGGGAAAAUUCAUUGAUUAAAAUCACGCAGCUGUUUGCAAUGCUUCACACCAAGACGUUCAUCUGGACAUUGAUAUUCUUCGGCGCUGCAGCUUCCUUGGAGGUGAAGGUCACCCCUUCCUACAGCGAAAUCAGCGUAGGACAGUCCAAGUUCUUCCUUUGUGAAGUCGACACCGACACGCAGGAGAUUGACUGGUACCUGCCGAGCGGCGAGAAGAUAUCGCCCAACCGGCCGGACAUCAGCAUCACGCUCAGCGACAGGAUCUCCACACUGAUCAUCUACAACGCCGACCUCGACAAGGCCGGCAUCUACAGAUGCGUGGCCAGGAGCGGUGACUCCGAGGCCCAGGGCACCAUCAACGUCACCAUCUUCCAACAGCUCGAAAUUAAAAAUGCGCCGUCCCCCCAGGAGUUCACGGAGGGCGACACGGCCAGCAUUGUGUGUGACGUGGUGGCCUCCCCCCCACCUGUGGUCACCUGGCGACACAAGGGCGUCAGGGUCAGGGCCGAGAACGACGUGCGAUAUAAGAUCCUGAGUAACAACCACCUGCAGAUCCGGGGCAUCAGGAAGAGCGAUGAAGGCACGUACGUGUGCGAAGGUCGGGUUAUGGUGCGGGGCGAGAUCAGCCUCAUGCCCAUCGAUGUCAUCGUUAAUGUCUUUCCGACUAUCAGGAUCCGGCAGGCAGAGGUGAACGCCACGGCGGACAUGAGCCAACCCGUAGUCCUGGCCUGCGAUGCCGAUGGCUCCCCGGAGCCCACUGUCACCUGGACACGAAAUAAAAUUGUUCUUGAAAAUGGAAAUAAGUACAGCUUCAACGAGGAUGGCUCGGAGAUGACAAUCAAAGGCAUCACCAAGCUGGACGAAGGCGAGUACGUGUGCACUGCCAGGAACAAGGCCGGCCAGCAGGAGAAGGAGAUUAGCCUCAAAGUAUUUGUGAAGCCUAAAAUCACAUACCUGGAGAACCUGACGACGUCUGAGCUGGAGGAGCAGGUGAUGCUGACCUGCGAGGCGCUGGGAGACCCCACGCCGACCAUCACGUGGAGCUUUGGGCACCAUGUCUUCACAGAGGGAGAGUCGGAUCUUCAUAACAGGAUCUAUCAGGCUUCCUGGACUCGGCCCGAACAGCACAAGAGCGCAGAUGGGCACGUGGUGGUACGCAGCGAUGCCCGAGUGUCCUCCCUGACCUUGAAGACUGUCCAGUACAGCGACGCCGGGGAAUACCUGUGCACAGCACACAACGCCGUGGGCCAGGACACUGACAUUGCACACCUGGAAGUGCGCUACGCACCCAAAAUUCAGGGUGCAGUGACGGUGUACACCUGGGAGGGCAACAGCGCCAACAUCAGCUGCGAGGUGCUGGCCCACCCCGUGGCUUCUGUGACCUGGUUCCGGGAUGGCCUGCCCCUGCCUAGUUCCAACAGCACCAGUGUGCGGCUCUUCAGCACUGCCACAGCCAGCUACCUGGAGGUCACUCCCGAAUCCCAGAGUGAUUUUGGGAGCUAUAACUGCACAGCGACAAACGCCAUAGGUACAGAAUCCAAGGAGUUUCUUCUCAUCCAGGCAGAGGUGCCGUCCAGCCCAUCGCUCACCAAGGUAGAACCGUUUUCUGGGUCUGCCCGGCUGGAGUUCCAGGAGCCUGAAGCCAGUGGCGGCGUGCCCAUCCUGCGCUACCGGCUGGAGUGGAGGCAGGCAGGCAGGGGACGCUGGGAGAGCAAGCUCUAUGAGGUCCUGGAGGCAGGGGGCCCUAGCGUGCUCACCAUCAGCGGCCUGAAGCCGGACACGAACUAUGAGGUGAAGAUGUACGCCGUCAACGGCAAGGGCGAGGGGGACAGCAGCCAGCUGCUGACAUUCGUGACGAAGCCAGUGCGGGAGCCCAGCGCCCCCAGGCUUGAAGCCCAGCUCCAGCCAGCUGGCAAUGCCCUCAGGGUGAGCUGGACCAAGCAGGACGAUGGGGGCUCUCCCAUCACACACUACAUAGUCAGUUACAAAGCAAAGCUCGCGUCCAGCUGGCGGCCCGAGAUACGUCUGCCCAGUGGCAGCGAGUUCGUGGUGCUGCACGGCCUGGACUGGGACACCGAGUACAAUGUUUACGUGGUGGCUGAGAACCGGCGAGGCCAGUCGCGGCCCGCCACAGUGGCUCUUCGCACCGCGCCUGCCCCCACGGCCGCCCCAGAUCCUCUGGCUAGUGGCAGACUGGGCGCCGGGGCCGUUGCCGGGAUACUGGUGGUGGCCUUCGUGGUGCUCCUUGUCAUCGUGGACGUUGCCUGCUUCUUCAUUAACAAGUGCGGCCUCCUGAUGUGUCUGGCCGCCAAUGUGUGUGGCAAGCAGGGGGCAGGCGCCAAGGGGAAAGAUUUCGAAGGAGGAAUGGCAGCGUUUUCAAAGGAUGAGUCCAGGGAGCCCAUUGUGGAGGUUCGUACGGAGGAAGAGACGCAGAACCACGAUGGGGGAGCGCUGACGGAGCCCAGUGAGACCACUCCUCUGACAGACUCUGAGCGCGCCGUCGACAUCACCCCCACGGUUAAGAACCUGCUGCCAUCGCCCGUCAUUAACUGCGACACGCCAGACUCGCUGCCCACCAGCGACAGCAUGACCCCGCUCGUCCCGCAGUCCAGCACGCCCAAAGCCGCGGGCGGCCCUCGGACCGCCCCCAGAUACGUGACGCUGGUCGACCUCAGCGACGCCCCAACCGUGACGGCUCCCCCUACAGGCCGGCCCGCGGCGGCACAGCCUCCCCAGAAUGAGACGUCACAGAACCCCCCCGAGCCCAGCAAAGCACAAAGUAGCCUCACCUCCUCUCCAAAACAGAACUCCAUUCCAGAGAGCAGUCCCGUAGCAAAGUCCCAGUAACCGGGAGAGAGGCCCGAGGCGGAGGAAAUGGGGAGGAUGUCGACGGGAGUCUCUCAGACGAAGCCUCGGCGAGAGUGAAAACAAAACACACACAUAUACACAUAAAAACACUGCAGCCUCUGACCCCCAUCUGACACACGAGCCCUUGUAGCAGUGUGUUUGUUAGCGCACCCGUUAAUUAACGUAGCUCGGUCCGGGGCGGCGGGAGAUGGGGACCCCCCAGCGUUCACCUUACUGCUCCUUUUCUCAUUCAGAAGUCGCCGGACACUGAGGCCUCUCGGCCGACGGUGAGACGAAAUGCGUCUCCAGUGGUGCACAGUGCACCUUUGUAAUGUCUGGUUGCUUUUCCCAGGCCAGUCCCUGUAGGUGUCACCCGGAGAUUCUGAUCCAAAUUCCCAGCAUCGCAGCAAAACCAUAAUACCACUGCAACAGUACUGUAUAUAGUUUCUCAGAUAUAUUUCGGUAACAUUCUGAGGAUCAUGCUGUACAUAGAUAUUAUUUUCGCCACUAAUAUGCUGCACGUUAUAUAUUUUUUUCUUAUGUUUGUUUUCAUUGCUCUUACUGUUAAUUAUACUGAGGGCAAGAAUUUCAGGAAAAACGUAGGUACUUUACAGUAUAAGGAAGCUUCACAUAAAUGUUUACGUUGUUUACCGUCCUUUUUACUUGUUUAUGACAAAUGUUUCAUGUGAUCAUAAAGAAUAUAAUGAGUGACAGUAUUUUGCAGAGGUUACUACUGCAUCUUAUUAUGUCACAAGUAAUUUGGUUUAAAAAUAUUUAAGCAAAGCAAAAAGAAUUUUCAAGCUGCUUCUCGAUGUUUCACAUUUCUACUUUUCACACUCUUUGCAAGCCACAGUUAAUUAUGAUCGAUACAUUUUUUUAUUUUUUUUUACCAGCUUGACCUUUGACCUUUGCAGGGGCUACAGGGGACUUGAUUUGCAUUGGCCAGCAGGUGAGAUGGGGUGCGUUUCCAUACAGCAAACCACGGAAAGCAAAGAGAAACAGCAGAAAAGAUCAGGCCUCAGACGUUUCAGGAAACAAUACUAUGAACUUUCACCGUAUCAGCUGGAAAGUAAAAAAAAAAAAAUCACUAACAGAUUAUUAGAAAUUUAGAAAGUGGUCCCAGUUUCCUGGAAAGAACCUCCAUCCACAAUGGACCUGCAGUGCAACGUGAGUCAGAACCCUGAUGCAGUGGACCUCUGUAUCCAUAGACCCUGCAGGCUGUGUGAGCAUCACUGCUAGCUUGAGAAGCUCCAGCUAUUUGGUUGUCUUUGGAGACCAUAUUUGCUUUGGCUCCUCCUCUGCACUCAGCUUGUCAUGUGUGUCAUUACCACAAUAAACCCCCCCUCCUCCCCCCUGUGGUAUUAUCCCCAUUAUCUGUUUGAUCCCACCAAUACCACCCCAGCAUCCCACUGACAUCCCCUACUGGUGCAUUUUCCCUAAAUGCCAGUACAAGCGGUGCAUCACGUUGGCACAAGCAGGCCAGGGAGAUGCCACCGAUGCCCUUUCUGCACCCCCUUCAGUACCCCCUUUUGCACCCCUUUCUGCACCCCCUUCAAUACCCCCUUUUGCACCCCUUUCUGUACCCCCUUUUGCACCCCCUUCAGUACCCCCUUUCUGCACCCCCUUCAGUACCCCCUUUUGCACCCCUUUCUGCACCCCCUUCAGUACCCCCUUUUGCACCCCUUUCUGCACCCCCUUCAGUACCCCCUUUUGCACCCCUUUCUGCACCCCCUUCAGUACCCCCUUUUGCACCCCUUUCUGCACCCCCUUCAGUACGCCCUUCUUCCCUCGGGUUCUGUGCAUCCUUGCGAAGGUUAGCUGCUUCUGCCACACAAGAAAGUUGAGCUAAUAAAAGGAUAAAAGAUUUAUUUUUUGUAAGAACAAGAAAAUAAGGCAACCACAUUAUGGUUUGUACUUUAGAUUGACGCCACUGGUAGAUGUUGAGGUUCAGCUUAAAAGCGUUUUUGUUGUACAUUGUUGUUCUGUGUGCUGUGAUAUUGCAGGACAUUUUUAUAAUAAUAGGAAACAAGUGCUUUUAAUCAGCAACGCUGUCAUGGACAAAGAGCUUUUUCCGACGUUGUUCUUUCAGUAAUGUAAAAAGGAGAAGUGUUACAUUACAUUGAUGUGUUAGUAGUUCGUUUAUUUUGCCUGUUAUUGCCAUUAGUGUGGGACCAAGUUCUUUGUGAGUUUGCAAGAGCUAGUGUGUUGUGCUGCAAAAAUAUGUUCAGAAAGUUAGAAAUACUGUACAAGGGUUAAAAAAGGUGACAGAUGGUCUAAAUGUUCAUAGAAUAGGGGCCUUGGUCAAUGUUGAAGUCUACAAUGACAGCCUCACUCUCAUUCUUUCCCAGAAUUCCCUGCACUUGGGGCCUUUUCUUGUAUGUAUAUAUUUUUCUCUUUCCAUUGUCCUGGUGUAAAUACUGAUUACUAACCAAACCUCCUCCCAGUUUUCACUGUCAGACAUACCGGUGUUCAAUAAAACAAAAUUGUUGUUUAAAAA